GCUGCAUUUGCACGUGAGCUUAACACGGAGUGAGCAGUCCCGUUGUGGCGUGCCCACAGCCUGGGUUAGGCAUCCGUCCGGGGCUUCAGGCUAUAGACAAGCAGGAAAGGCAACUGUCUGCACAGGGAUGUCAGCGAAGCUCAUGGUUGAAGCUGGUGCAUCUCUAAAGGGUGGCAGAGGGCUACUGUAGCCUUUCCAGGCUUCAGAUGUGCAGAAAGAACAGCUGCCAGCACCAGACAGGCUCUUCCAAAGUGCUGAGUGUCACAAUAAGGAGAAUUUUUAGUUUGUUUCUCUGUCCCACUGUAGAUAAUUCCCUUGAGAUAAGGAACACAAAUGCAGUUUCAUGUGCACUGAGAAUCAGGGGUGGCUGGACUUCCCAUGAAAAUGUGCUCCUCUGUUCAAUGGCUAUGAAAGGGGGGUGGCUAUGUGUGUGUGCAUGUGAGUGUUGGCUUUAAAAGGUGUCCUUAACCCAUCCUGAAUUAGGUCCCUGAACUUGAUUAAUAUGUGAUGAAUCUAACUAAAUUUAAUUCUGUCCUAAGCAUUGAUCUCGCAGGACAUGGAAGGGGAAAUGAGAGCUCAGAUACCUAUCAAUACUUGGGUGCCAGCAUUGUUCACAGAAAAAGAACAAAAUAAAUGUACUGAGCUAAAUUACUUGUUAUCUGAAGAGGAUAACCUUUCUGCUGCCUCUCCAGCACUUUGCCCUUUAUUCUUGACUGCUGUUGACACUGAAACAGCAACUCUUAUUUUCCACAGCUGCAUUAUUAUCUUCAUCCUGCCCACAGAGGCUCAGGUCCUGCAGGCUUCUCUUCAUGUGUCUCUGGCUCACUGGUGCAGCUUGUCACCUCACUGCUGGAGGCACCGGCACGUCAGAGACCCUCCAGCAGCAAUGCUCCCUGGCUGCUGCCUACGCUCCUUCCUGCAGAGCCUGAUGGAUGGGAGAAAUAAACAAAGGAUCUGAUGGCAGAAUGAAAUGCAGCUUCUGGUACGGAGAGAGAAAGGGAAGCUGAACAGGAGGAGCAGAAGUAAAGAUGCAGCAAACUUAGUGCAAAGCUUGAAUUCCGCAGACCCAGAUGUCAAGGAAAAAGCCAUCGCUGAGGCAGAGAAAAGGCUCCAUGAGCAAGAAAAGAGCAAGGAGGAAGAAAGCAAGACUGUGGUGAACAGAACAGUCAUCAACACGCAAGCUUCAGUAAGAGACACGGCAAGUGCAGAGGCAGUGAACAAAGAUGACUUUCUGGCAAUUUUGGAAGCAGAUGCAAAAGAACGCGCUAAAAGAAGGAAGAGAAAUGAGUGCUUAGCAAAUGCUCUGAAAGAGAAGGGAAACGAUGCCUUCAGGAAAGGAGACUAUGUCAUAGCCAUUCAGAGGUACACUGAAGGUCUGGAAAAACUGAAAGAUAAGCAGGAACUUUACACAAACAGAGCACAGGCCUACCUGAAGAUGCAUGAAUAUGAAAAAGCCAUUGGUGACUGUGAAUGGGCUUUAAAGUGCAAUGGAAAGUGUAUUAAAGCCUAUUUUCUGAUGGGGAAAGCUCACCUGGCACUUAAGCACUACAGUGAGUCUAGGCUGUGUUAUGAGAAGAUCUUACAAAUUAAUCCCCAAAAGGAAAGCCUAUUUAAAGAUUGCAUGAACAAGGUAAACUUGGAGGAAAAAAGAAUGAAAGAUGAAGAGAGAGCAAUGAAGGAAGUUCAGUCUGGAAAGCUAGCCGCCCUGUCCAUAAAAGAACUACUGCAGAAACUUGAUAGGCCUGACCAGAAUAUCCUCUACUAUACAGGAGGGAUCAGACUUUUGACAGGAGCCAUUAAAGAUUGCACUGGGCAAACUCUCUUUCGAACAAACAAUGGAUUCAGUAUCCUCAAAGACAACGAGGCUGUAAGACGGGGCUUCUGUGCAGAGAGGAAAAACACUGCUGAAGUGGAUCUGUCUGUUUCUCUUCUCUUCCUUUGGCAAGCUGUCUGCGCUGGGAAUGAAGAAAAUCAGCGUCUUCUAUUGACUUGUUCUGAUGUGAAUGCACAACUACCAAAACUGCUUUCUUCUGGAGCACCAGAGAUCCAAAAGGAGACAUUGGCCCUAAUCUCUCUUUACUCAGACAAUGAGAAUGGGAGGAGACUGCUGGUCAGGCACCAGGACCUAACCAAAUGGCUACAGAUUUUGAUAACAUUUGUCAACAGCACUGAUGCCAAGGCUAGCAGUGCCAUGAACAUACUAUCUGCUUUAACUGAAGAGGAAGGGUUCAAAACCCAGUGUCGUGUCAUGCUUUCCACAGGUGUUUUACCUCUAUUCACCCAGUUGCUGACCUCUGCCGAGCUGGUGAACCAGGCAGCCCUUGCCCAUUGCAUCGGCAUCAUGGGGAAUCUGUGUGCAGAUGCAGCCAUUCGAAUGCAGAUGGCUGAGUGCAAAGAGUGCUGGCAGGCGUGCUUAAAGCUUGUGGAUGAAUGCUAUGAUGUCAGCACACCCAAAUACCAGGAGUGUUUGUUUGCAGUGCUGGGCCUAAUGAUGAACUUACUGCUUGAAUCAAAUGGUAUCAUACAGCACUUUGCUGUGGACAUAAGUGCCAGGUGCAUGUCUCUCCUCGGGGAAAAGGAUGGAAGGAUUGUGACAAGAGCCAUUGGAGUGCUAAGUCGCAUCCUGCCAACAUCCUCCUCAGCAGUAGAAGAAGUAGUGAAAGGAGGAGUGGUGAAGAAAAUGAUCAAAUUCUUGAAAGCUGGAGGACAGAUCACAUCUAAUUAUGGUAUAAAGACCCUUUCCAUCUGCACCAGAAGUAAUAGACAAGCUCAAGAAGAUCUAGUGAAGUCAGAUAAAAAGUUCAGUGUGCUGCUGAAGCUCUUGGAGUCAGAGAAUGAAAUUAUUGUGGGAAAUGCUGCUUUCUGCCUUGGCCAGUGCCUUGAAGUUCCUGGAGCAGCGACGUCCUUACUGAAUUCCAAUGUUGUGAUGAUAUUGUUGAAACAUGCUGGUGGUGAUGCCACACGAACUUCUGUGCAGGAGAAUGCAGCAAUUGCCCUCGGGAAGCUUUGUGUGGCUGAACGAAGGCAUAUUGUUCAACUGCGGAAACUCAAUGGACUGGCCAUCCUGAACUCCUCUAUGAAAUAUGUGCAUAGCAUCUGAAAUCUUCGACAGCUUUGAAAAACGCUGUUAAUGGCGCUUGUUGUUGAGUAUUUUCUGCUAUUUAAUAAGAAUAACUCAAAGAACGUGAACUUCUCUGUCCCUUUUCAAAGUGUUUGCUGGUCCUCCAGUGAAAGCCAGUGAAUAUAAGUAUUAGGAGAAAGAAGUUAAUUUAUUAUCUAGGCUAACAUCUAAAAUAACAACUUGUAUUAAGCUUGUGUUUGCUUUAAUAAACGAUGUUGGUCUUUCUACUGGCUCAUCUAGCUUACUUUCCAGUUUGGGUCCCUGGUGUAUUAGAAGAAAAUAGAAAUAUAUUGUGAGUUAUGACUUUGAAGAAUCCUGUUUCCCUCCCCCUAUUCUGUCCUCUAGUGGCUAGAUUAUGAUUCAGUAUCUUAUAUGUGAUAGCACCUCACAGGUUGCUUAAACCUUAAGCCUCGUACUUAGCUGCUAAAAUAGGUUGGUCUUAAUUUCACUAAGCCUUGAGUCUGACAAGGAGGUUUGUGUAUGAAUGAUGGGCUGUUUAUUUUAGUAAAGCUGUAAACUUUGUAAAGUUAAAGGGAUCCCUUUGUCACUCACUUUGGCGUGGAGUAAGAACAGUAGUUGACUUUCAUUUUAGGUACUUUCUCACAGCUGCUUGUGUUCAUCCUAAUCUCCUCUGUAGUUGUUCAUUUUUUUUUAAGCAAUAACACAAAUGGCACGUCAUUCUAGUGUAUGUGUUUUCUGAAGAGGUCAAAAAUUAAUUACUGCUAAUGGCAAGUGUGAUUUGAAAAUAAAGGCAGUAAUGCAUUGCUCUUA